UUUUCGCACAACCUACAAAAGCAAUCAUUAUUAUCUUCGCAGACAAUUGAGUCUUGUCUUCGCACGUUAGCUUUGUGUAACAUGAAGCUCUCUUUGGUUAUUUCCGCAUUGGUAGCGAGCGCCCUAGCCGCACCGCUAAUAAAGACGAGAUCGCGAGACAUUGAUGACGUCGUUGGCAACCUCUGGCACGCAAAGGGUGAUCAAAAGAGGAGUGAUUCUGAUGAAGUGAUUGGCAACCUCUGGCAUGCAAAGGACGAUAGCAAUUAAGACAAGGACAAAUCAAGGUCUGGACAGAAGCAGGAGUGUCCUCGGAAACUUCAGAUGACCAGGAUGAUGUGCGAUUCACAACUCCACACCCCUUACAUAUAGACCCCUGCAUCCAAUAUAGUGCCAAGCGACUAAGAGGAGAGAAGAGUGCCUAUUGAUGCGUGAUUGACUGUAAGCGCCUGCGUCAUAUGCCUAUCACCGGGUAUGCAGGGAUGUAACCUCUAG